AUGCUGAUCAGCGUGGACUUUCCACUAAGGAAAGACGGUAGCUAUGACGAGCAAGUCCGCACGGAGUUCUGCUCCAGUUGGGAAGAAGUAGACAACAGUGUCAGACAGAACGCCAGCAGGUUUUUAGCCUUGGCACAGGGCAAACCAAAAGUUACCUUGUUCCCACCGUUUAAACUGGUUUAUGUGGGAGAUGAAAUCCACUUAAACUGUAAAGACAGCAGUAGCCCAGUUAAAUGGCACUUCAAUGGUGUACAGCAGAGUGAGACAGAACCAACCCUUCGUAUUCCCACGGCAACAUCUGCCAAUUCUGGCGUCUACGUCUGUGAGAAAGGGGAGAGGAGUGAAGAGAAACGUGUCACUGUUCUGGACUCCCUUCCUCCAGCCUCUCUCUCCAUUAAGAUGGGUUUCCCGGUGAUGAGUGGUGGAGAUGGUGUGGUUGUGGAGCUGACGGUGGAUGAUGGUCUGGAUGACUGGUGGUGUGCGAUAGCGCGAGGAACCGAUCCUAGAAACGUAACAGUAAACCGGUCCAAAAGAGACAUGUUCACAGGCAAACAUUACACAGUCACACUCCAUGUCGAUCUGGAACAUGCUGACCGGGCCAUGGUGUGGUGUGUGAAAAAGUCAACAACAAAACGCAGCAAUGCAAUAAUUCUAAGAAAAACAGAUAGCAUGGUGGUUCUGGAGCCUCCUGUCACCCCUGCUCUUGAAGGAGAGCGUCUGGUUUUGCGCUGUGUGGUUUGGGGAAAUGGACGGAUUGACCAGGUGACGUUUUAUAAGGACAACAGCGUGAUUCGUACGGGUAAAGACCCAAACUUCACCAUCUCCAACGUGACCCAGGCAGAUAAAGCUGACUACAGCUGCCAGGCUGACUACACCUUCAGUACUCUCCACCCAAACGCUGCCGUUCACACCAAGAAAUCUGACCCUCAGCCUCUUCGAGUCAUAGGCUCUCGUGCUCCCCGUGCAUAUCUUUCAGAAUCGAGUUAUCACCUGACCUGUUCAUGCCCCCGGUGUCCAGAUUACCGUGUACUGUAUUACUGGUAUUACCGUGACUCCGCCCAUGAGCAAGGAGAAAAACUCACGUCCAGUCCACCAGGCGAGACCAUGACAGUCACAGACGGGAAAAAACAAUACGCAUGUCAAGCAGUUUGGGACGAUGGAAGGUCUCUCAUGAGUAAAUAUAGUAAAGCUGACCCGGUGCCACCGCCACCGCCUAACAUCGUGGUGCUGAUCAUUAUUCUGCUGAUUGUGCUCGGGCUGGCGAUAGCCCUGCUGGCGUGCUGGCGUAAGCGGAGAGCGGAGGGCGAGUCGACGGGGAGGCGGGGGAAACGGGAGGACGGAGCGGACGGAGGUUACGAAGCCAUCAAAGUCGGGCAGGAGGGCAAGGAGAUCUACCACACUCUGAAGGGUGAGGAGGGCAAAGAGGAGGGAGGAGGAGGCUACGAGGCGCUGAAACAGAGGGAAAAGGAGGUGUACCAGACGCUGGGGGCGGAGGGGGAGGGCGGGUACGAGGCUCUGAAGGGACAAAAGAAGGAGUCGGAGACGUACCACACCUUAGGGCCCACGGGCGCAGGAGGUGACGGAGGGUACGAGGCCCUGAAAGGAAAAGGGAGGGAGACGGAGGUCUACCACACCCUCAAGACCGCAGAGGGUGGAGGUGACGGAGGCUACCAGGCUCUUCAGAAGGCAGAGGGAGAUGGAGGGUAUGAGCAGCUGAAGAUGAAGGAGGUGAAGCAGAAGAAUGAGGACUAUGAAGGAAUCGUGGAGGAGACUGUGUGAGGAGAGAA